GCCCAACUCUGCGUUUGGGGCCAGAGACCAAGGGAAAUAAAAUGAAGUGUUCAGGGUACUGAGGGGACGAGUUGGGGUGCGGAAAGGAGCGAGUCAGGCUCUAGUCCCUCCCCGCCGCACCCCUCACCGCGCAAACAUCAGGUCCCGGCAUAGUGACGCCGUCCAGGGAACUAACUCCGUUCCCGACCGACGUAUUGGAUCCCUAUAUCCUGUCGGGCCCAUCGCCUGAGUCAGGCCCGCCCCGAGGUGGGAGAGUAGCGCCAUUUUGCCGUACGGAAGUUCUAAGAGACGGGAGCCUCUGCCGGAAAUCCUCUUCCGGAGAAUGGUCAUGUCAGUUUUAUUUUGGAGAGAAGGAACCCCGAAAAUAGGAUUGAGGAAGAUUUAAAGAGCCAGGCUGAUGAUUUUCUUAAUGGUCUCUGCAAAGCCAUGUCUAGGCCUUCUCUUAUCACCUUCACCCCAGCCAGUGACCCCAAUGACCUCUGGAAAGAUGGGCAGCAGCAGCCACAGCCUGAGGAGCCAGAGCCUGUCCUGGAUGGGGCUGCAGCCCGGGCUUUCUAUGAAGCCCUGAUUGGGGAUGAGAGCAGCCCCAUGGAACCUCAGAGAUCUCGGCCUGAGCCUGUCAGGGUGAGAAAGAGGAAGAAAAGAAGAAUGAUGAGGGCACCUGUGGCAGAAUCAGUAGCAACCACAGCAUCAAGGAGAUAUGGACAAGGGAGGUCCCUUGAAGCUGAGGACAAGAUGACUCAGUGGAUACUGAAGGCAGCCCAGGAGGGGGACCUAGCAGAACUUCAGAGGCUGCUGGAGCCCUGUGAGGCAGGGGGAGCUGGAGGGAAUAUCAAUGCCCGGGACAACUUCUGGUGGACUCCCCUGAUGUGUGCUGCCCGAGCAGGCCAGGGGGCAGCUGUGCGCUAUCUCUUGGGCCGUGGGGCUGCCUGGGUGGGAGUCUGUGAGCUGGGUGGCCGGGAUGCUGCCCAGCUGGCCGAAGAAGCUGGCUUCCCUGAGGUGGCCCGCAUGGUCAGAGAGAGCCACGGAGAGAUGAGGAGCCCAGAGAACCGGCCCCACUUCCCCUCCCCCCAGUACUGCGAGACCUGUGAUGCCCACUUCCAAGACUCCAACCACCGCACGUCCACUGCUCACCUGCUGUCACUGUCCUGGGUUCCCCAGCCCCCCAACCUGCUCCCUGGAGUGUCUGCCUCCAAUCCAGGAUUCAAGCUGCUAGUGAGGGGGGGCUGGGAACCAGGGAUGGGACUGGGACCCCGGGGUGAGGGCCGUGCCAACCCCAUCCCUACUGUCCUCAAAAGGGACCAGGAGGGGCUAGGCUAUAGAGCAGCACCCCAGCCCCGAGUCACACACUUCCCGGCUUGGGAUACCCGGGCUGUGGCCGAGAGGGAUCGAGCCCCUCGAGUGGCCGCACUGAGCCAGAAAGAGGAGAAAAGGCAUGAGGAGAAGGGCAGGGCCUGGGAGCGGGAUCUGAGGACAUACAUGAACCUUGAGUUCUGACCUUGGUGAGGUCUGACCCUGGUCUGCUGUUAGCGUCUGAGCUUUGGCUUCUGAUUUGGUCACUUUGGCCUCUGCUCCCUGGGGUCUGCCCACUUUCCAGACCCUUAGGUUUUGUUCAGUGGGCUCUGCCUUUUGGGAGGGAGGGGCUGAGAGUUGAGAAAUAAAUCAGUCUCUUCCCUCUUA